GAACUUCUUAUGCCGACUGAAAAACAGAAUAAAUAGAGUGGAAUCUGUGUGAUGAUUGUGUGUAGUCAGAGGGAGGAGAAGCAGUGACAGAACCUGGAAAUGGCGAAAGUGGGUAGAAUGAUGUUGGGUUCACAAGGCUUGGAAGUGUCUAUGCAGGGACUUGGAUGCAUGGGCAUGUCUGCAUUCUAUGGUCCUCCAAAGCCUGAACCUGACAUGAUUGCUCUUAUCCACCAUGCUGUUCAAAGUGGUGUCACUUUUCUUGACACUUCUGACGUCUAUGGUCCUCACACCAACGAAAUCCUUCUUGGAAAGGCUCUUAAAGGAGGGGUGAGAGAGAAGGUUGAAUUGGCCACAAAGUUUGGAAUCAACUAUUCUGAAGGGAAAAGGGAGAUCCGUGGUGAUCCAGCAUACGUGAGAGCUGCUUGUGAGGGCAGCUUGAAGAGACUUGGAAUUGGUUGCAUCGAUCUCUAUUACCAACAUCGGAUUGAUACUCGUGUGCCUAUUGAAGUCACGAUUGGUGAGCUUAAGAAACUUCUUGAGGAGGGGAAAAUAAAAUACAUUGGUCUGUCUGAGGCCUCAGCUUCAACAAUAAGAAGAGCACAUGCAGUUCAUCCAAUAACAGCUGUGCAAUUGGAGUGGUCUCUAUGGUCAAGAGAUGUAGAGGAAGACAUUAUUCCAACUUGCAGGGAACUUGGUAUUGGAAUCGUUGCAUACAGUCCUCUUGGGCGAGGAUUCUUUUCGUCAGGAACAAAGCUGCUUGAGAAUUUGGCAAAGGAUGACUUCCGGCAGACACUGCCUAGACUCCAACCUGAAAACUUGGAGCAGAACAAGACUAUAUUUGAGAGAGUUAAUGAAUUUGCUGCAAAAAAGGGAUGUACUCCAUCUCAGCUUGCAUUGGCCUGGGUUCAUCACCAAGGAAAUGAUGUGUGCCCUAUACCUGGAACCACCAAAAUUGAAAACUUUAAUCAGAACAUUGGGGCUUUGUCUGUCAAACUAACACCAGAAGAAAUGGCAGAACUUGAGUCCUUUGCUGCUGCAGAUGCUGUGAAGGGUGAUAGGUACCAGGAUGAUAUGGCUACAUGGAAGCAUUCUGAUACUCCACCACUUUCUUCUUGGCAAGCUUGAAAAUGAAGUGCGUUGCUUAAUGCUUAUGCUAGUGUUCCUUAAGUAUUUGCUGCUUGCUACUUUAACAAACAGAACAGUAUGAGGGCUCAUUCCUUUGCAUUAGAAAGGAAUUUUGCUGAAUAAACCUUCCUAGUUUCUGGCAGUUGACGAGUUUGGUUAUGAAUAUGAUUCCAUAUAGGUGUGUAUGUAUAUUUCAGAAUAAACCUGGAAAGAAUGUGAAAAGGCUAUGGUAUGUCUUUUUUGUUGGAUAUUUUAUGUAUGAACUGAUAUAAAUUAAUUUUUGUUAUAAUUUUAAUUUAAUUUCAAAUUAAUUUAAU